UUCAGCAGAAAGAGACCCCAAGCUGCCAGUGCUUCAGGGAAGAUAAGUGAGUGGAAAGAAGGUGGUUUUUAUAGCAGUUUUGAGCGGUUGAGUGUGAGCUCCGCCUCUGCAGCAGCACUGAAAAAGCCAGGAUCUGGGCUCCUCAACCUCUCUCUUCACGACGUCUGAUUAGGAAUUUGGGGGCGGGCCCUGGCCUGGCACAGGCGCGCACACUCUCAGUAGACACACUCACUCCUUUCCUGCUCACACGCUCUCCAACCAAGGAGGCCAGACAGAGGGACGUGGUCACUCUCUCAAAGAUUCAACUUCAAGAAACACAGAAUGCAGUGGGCUUCCAUCCUGCUGCUGGCAGGGCUCUGCUCCCUCUCCUGGGCCCAGUAUGAGGAAGACUCUCACUGGUGGUUUCAAUUCCUCCGCAACCAGCAAUCCACCUAUGACGAUCCCUACGACCCUUACCCCUAUGAGCCUUAUGAGCCUUACCCCUACGGGGGAGAGGAAGGUCCAGCUUAUGCCUACGGCUCUCCACCCCCACCAGAGCCCCGAGACUGCCCCCAGGAGUGCGACUGUCCCCCCAACUUCCCCACAGCCAUGUACUGUGACAACCGCAAUCUCAAGUACCUGCCCUUUGUCCCCUCCCGCAUGAAGUAUGUCUACUUCCAGAACAACCAGAUCUCUUCCAUCCAGGAGGGUGUCUUCGACAAUGCCACUGGGCUGCUCUGGAUUGCUCUCCAUGGCAACCAGAUCACCAGUGAUAAGGUGGGCAAGAAGGUUUUCUCCAAGCUGAGACACCUGGAGAGGCUGUAUCUGGACCACAACAACCUGACCCGGAUACCCAGCCCACUGCCCCGAUCCCUGCGAGAGCUCCAUCUUGACCACAACCAGAUCUCAAGGGUCCCCAACAAUGCGCUGGAGGGGCUGGAGAACCUCACAGCCUUGUACCUUCAUCACAACGAGAUCCAGGAAGUGGGCAGUUCGAUGAGAGGACUCCGAUCGCUGAUUUUGCUGGACCUGAGCUACAACCAUCUGAGGAAGGUGCCUGAUGGACUGCCCUCAGCCCUUGAGCAGCUGUACCUAGAGCACAACAACGUCUUCUCAGUCCCCGACAGCUACUUCCGGGGCUCACCCAAGCUGCUGUACGUGCGGCUGUCCCACAACAGCCUCACCAACAAUGGCCUGGCCUCGAACACCUUCAAUUCCAGCAGCCUCCUUGAGCUUGACCUCUCCUACAAUCAGCUACAGAAGAUCCCCCCAGUCAGUACCAACCUGGAGAACCUCUACCUCCAAGGCAAUAGGAUCAAUGAGUUCUCCAUCAGCAGCUUCUGCACCGUGGUGGAUGUCAUGAACUUCUCCAAGCUGCAGGUGCUGCGCCUGGACGGCAACGAGAUCAAGCGCAGCGCCAUGCCCGCUGACGCGCCCCUCUGCCUGCGCCUGGCCAGCCUCAUCGAGAUCUGAGCGCCACCGGGCACAGGGCUGUGCCCCCACGCCUCUUUGCAUUUGGCUUGAUGGUUUGGUUUGGCUUUUGCUGGAAGGUCUGGGACAGACCGUGUGACAGAGGUCCAUGGGCUCUCUCUCUAGUCCUCUUCCCUGUAGGCAGUUUUAGGUGGAGUCAGGGGACAGGCAGCCUUCUGCUGAGGGACACAAAAUGCCCGUUUCCAAGACAGAAGUGGUUGGCAGAAGGUGUGAACCCUGAAGUCCCAGUCCCCGAAAUCUCAUUACCCUCAAGGUCUUCACAGUGAUCCGGUGUCCUGAACCAUUACCCGAGCAAUAGAAUGAAUACCUGUGCUUUUGAAGUAAUAUCUGACUCUGAGGGCAGCACCUGACUGCUCCCCCGUGUGCUGGGCUGGUCGUGCCGAUACUCUGGGCUCCCACUUGCUGCUUCUCAGAUAUACCUCUUGCCCAACUGCUGCCUCCUCAGUCCACCUCAUCCACUCAACCAUGACCCACAGACAUCUUAGGUAGAGGCAGGAGAAGCCAAGGCGUAUGCACAACUGCCCAGUGACUGCUCAGAGAAUGCACAUUGGUGGCUGAGAUUGGAAGGACGCCAAGAAUCACCAGAGGUCACCAGUGUGAUGACAAUAUUCCUGGCUUGAUAUGGGAGGAGACAGCCAACCUCAGACUUAGCUAAAUGUGUGGGGCUAUAUUUUAGCAACUGGGCAGUUCUUUGAAGGUGGGUCAGACUUCAAAAAAGGAAAGUGACCUGAUGCUGCUUAUUAUCAGCAUCCAUAAUGGAGGCAAAUACACCUUGAACUGGCUGAACUGAGGACGCAGCCCCAGUAGUGUCGUUCUUGCCCAGCACUCUCUGCAUUCCCAGCUGCUCCCUACUUGAGUUUUUAUCUUCAAAGGCAGAGGUUCUCAAAGUAUGAGAGAGGUAAUUUGUCCUCUUAUGCAAGCAGAAAGGUCGAUAACCUGAUUGAAGAGAUAGACUCCAACCAGCCCUGGACUUGCCACCCUCAUUACUGAAGCUGGCUGGCGCUUUACAGCUUGGCUGGAGAGCAAUUAAUCUUUCCCAUUUCUGAAAGUAGUGCUGCCUGGGGACCUAAACCCUGCUUUGUGGGGUACCACUGGGAUGGGGCCAUCAGGGCAGCCAUGGGCAGAGACCGCUUGAGGAGAGCUCCCUGCACAGAUGCCGUUGCUUCCCUGAUACCGUGUAUGCUUUGAAGCAGCUCCCUGAAGAAAGAAGAGGGGAUCCUUGAACUAUGUUCUUGGCUCCAGAACCUCAAAUCCACAAAAGCCAAACCAGCUCAUUUCAACAAAGAAGCUCUGAUGUGAGGGGCAAGGCUGCCCCUUGCCCCAGGGCUCUUCAGAAAGCAUCUGCAUGUGGACACCAUCAUGCCUCUAUAAAGGAUCCUUAUUACAGGAAAAGCAUGAGUGGUGGCUAACCCAACCAAUAAAGUUAUUUUACUACUGCA